AUGGCGCUCCCCAUCACCACCAUCGCCGAGAGCAAGGAGCUCCGAGGGCUGAAUCUCAUCGCGGCACAUUCGCACAUCCGCGGCCUUGGGGUCGAAAUCGACACGCUCGAGCCGAAAUCUUCGUCGCAAGGACUCGUCGGACAAGAAAAGGCGCGCAAAGCAGCGGCCGUGAUAUUGCAGAUGGCAAAGGAUGGCAAGAUUGCGGGACGCGCAGUGCUCAUCGCAGGACCGCCCAGCACAGGAAAGACGGCCAUCGCUAUGGGCAUGUCUCAAUCGCUAGGCGCCGACGUGCCUUUCACUAUGCUAGCCUCGUCGGAGAUAUUCUCUCUAGAAAUGUCGAAGACGGAGGCGCUUACGCAGUCAUUCCGCAAGUCAAUAGGUGUGCGCAUAACCGAGGAGAGCGAGGUCAUUGAAGGAGAGGUGGUCGAGAUUCAGAUUGAUCGUAGUGUCACUGGGGGCAACAAGCAGGGAAAGCUAACCAUCAAGACGACGGACAUGGAGACUAUCUAUGACAUGGGCACAAAGAUGAUCGAUGCGAUGACCAAAGAGAAGGUUAUGGCAGGUGAUAUCAUCUCCAUCGAUAAGGCGUCAGGGAAGAUUACAAAGCUGGGACGAUCGUACACACGCUCGCGAGACUACGACGCGAUGGGCAUAGACACCAAGUUCGUGCAGUGUCCGGAGGGCGAGCUACAACAAAGAAGGGAAGUGGUCCACACAGUCAGUCUGCACGAGAUCGAUGUGAUAAAUUCGCGGACCCAAGGAUUCCUCGCAUUGUUUUCGGGCGACACAGGGGAGAUUCGCAGCGAAGUGCGAGAUCAGAUAAACACCAAGGUCGCAGAGUGGAAAGAGGAGGGUAAGGCUGAAAUCGUGCCAGGAGUUCUAUUCAUCGAUGAGGUGCACAUGCUAGACAUUGAAUGCUUCUCCUUCAUUAACCGGGCACUGGAAGAUGAGCUUGCGCCCAUUGUCAUCAUGGCCAGCAACAGAGGUAACACACAAAUCAGGGGAACAGACUACCGGUCACCGCAUGGACUGCCUCUGGACUUCCUCGACCGCGUGGUCAUUGUCAGCACACACCCAUACUCUGGUGAGGAGAUGCAACAGAUUCUCUCUAUUCGAGCGCAAGAAGAGGAGGUGGAUGUUUCCCCCGAUGCCCUCGCGCUUCUCACCAAGAUCGGUCAAGAAACAGGCUUGAGAUACGCAAGCAAUCUGAUCACAACCUCGGAUCUCAUUCGCGGUAAGCGACAAGGGUCUGAGGUUAGCAUCGAUGAUGUGCAGCGCAGCUUCGCGCUCUUCUACGACCCCACUAGGAGUGUGAAGUACGUCGCGGAAUCAGAAAAGCGCCUGAUUGGUGACGCUGGCGCCGUGUCUCUCGCGGUGACGAACGGCGCAGAUGCGAUGGAUGUCUCAUAG